UGCUAUGGAGGCUGCAGCUCCCUCAGCUGCCUCAUGCCCCUCUCUGUGGCUUGGAGGUCUAGCUGAGGGUCCUUAUAUUUUCUCUUGCCUCUCGGCAUGCCUGCUGGUGGAUCAAUAGUGCUUAGUCCAGCACAUGGAACAAAUCCUGCCUGGGUUUUGUCUCUCCCAGCAGAAAAUAAGAGCAAAGCAGAAAGUUCACAGGAAGAAAGUGCAGGGCAUCACGGGGUGUCCUCGAGUGUUCCCAAAUGGGAAGGAGAUAAUGGGAUCCAGCAAGGAUACCCUGCAGAGAACCAACUGGCUGUACAUAAAGGAAAGCUCAAGGAUCCCACGGGGUCCCUGUGUGGCAAGUCUAAAUCCUACAGAUGCUCUGAUUGUGGGAAGAAUUACCGCAGGAACACAGAUCUCUUAAGACAUCAGAGGACCCAUACUGGAGAAAAGCCUUACCUGUGCCUCGAAUGCGGGAAGAGCUUCAGUCGAAGUUCAAUCCUCCUUGAGCACCAGAGGAUCCAUACAGGUGAAAAGCCAUACAAAUGCAGCCAUUGUGGGCAAGGGUUUAGCCAGAGCUCCAACCGGAACCAGCAUGAGAGGAUUCACAGCAAGGAGAAAAGGACUGGCCCAGCAUGUUGGGGAAAUAAUUGGCAAAGGACAGAUGACCGGAAGGGCGGCUCUGCAAGCGUGAUGGCAACUGACAAGGGUUUGGGGGCUGAGCCGGGACCUGGAGGGGCAUCUCAGUUGCCUGGGGAAAACCUCUCUUGGAGCGCGAAGAUGUUGAAGUACCAGAGGCACCGCUUGGUUGAGAAGCCCUACAGCUGCCCACAGUGCGGGAAAUGCUUUGCGCACAGCACGGAUUUCAUCCGGCAUCACAUCACUCACACGGGAGAGAAGCCCUACACCUGUGGGGAGUGUGGCAAGAGUUUUACACGCAGCUCUGUCCUCACCGAGCACCAGCGCAUCCACACAGGUGAAAGGCCCUACAAGUGCAGGCUGUGUGGGAAGGGCUUCAGUCAGAACUCUAACCGUAAGCAGCACGAGACAAUCCACCGAGCUGAGAAACCUUCCAAGCCUCCUAAAAGGCAAGGAAACAUUAAAUCGGGGGCUGGGAUUCAUUAGGCAACAGAGAAUCCACUCUGCUGGUAGGAAAACCUGACAAAUCCAAGAAGCAUUCAAAGUGAAUUUAAAUCUACUAGGAACGCAGGAAUCCGAAGUGGGAAGGAAAGCCUUAUUGCAGUGUGGGGAUUUGCUCUUCUUUUUGGGAAGGGGGAGGCAAGGGGGAACUGCCAUUAUCUGAAAACCAAGUAUUCUUCUUACAGAAAUCACAGGCAAGAUGCAUCUUUGGACAGCAUUAUUAUUAAGGGGGAAACAAAGCCUUUAUUCCAGAUACGCUUUCAUUGAACAUGUCUCGAACACAAGAUCAUCUCUUUAAUAAUAUGUUCGGGAGAGGCUGCCUUCACACACAUUGUAUGCAUUCCAAGCCUAUGCAUAUUUAGUCAGAGGUGAAUCUCACUACCUGGCACUUCAUCCCAUAGAACUGAGCUUAUUAGAAAACAGGUCCAGGUGUGUAUUUUUUUUUAAAUGAGGACAUGUCACCAGAAUGUGGUGUGGAGUAUUUUUUGUCUUUGUUAUCUGGUUAUGAUUACUGAGGCUUAUGAUGAUGAUGAUGAUUUAUGAAUCGCCCAGUCCCUGCUAUUGC